AUGCUGACUUUUGUUGUGUUCUUGAUUUGUGCAGCCUCAUCUGUCUCAGCUUCUGCCAAAGGUGAGUUGAUGAGUGCUGCUGCUGGACCCCGGCUGAACAACAACCAGCUGUACAAAUUCAGCUACACCACUGAGGUCCUGGUAGACAGAGCCAGGGGGUCAAAAGAGGGCAGUGCUGGCUACAAGAUCUCAAGUGAUGUGAACGUUAAUCUGGUUUGGAGAGAUCAGAGCAACAAGGAUGACCAGCUGAUUCAACUGGCGAUCUCAAAUUUGAGGAUAGAGCCUGUGUCGCCCAGAUCAGAGAAAAAGAACAUCCUACGUGGAUCCACAACCGAAAGUAUUUUGGGAAAAAAUAAACUAGCAGCUCUAACAAAGCCUUUCUUGGUGCAUCUAAAAAAUGGAAAGGCAAAAGCAUUUUAUUCCUACCGGUCAGAACCUGCAACAGUCAAGAAUCUAAAACGAGGCCUGGCCAGCUUGCUGCAAGUGCAGCUCAGUACUGGGAAGGUUGUAGAGAAUGAUGUGUCUGGGAGGUGUACUGUUGAGUACAAGGCAGUAAAAGGUCAAGUAACAAGAACCAAGAAUCUAGAGACAUGUAAGACAGAAGAGACUGGAUUUACCACUCACAGUAAGGUCCUGGGUGUGAGUAGGAAGUCCAGUUCUGUUACAGUGUUCACACUUGAAAAUGGUUUCAUCCGCUCAGCUGAGGCUGAAGAAACACACUCCCUGGCUGUUAAUGCUCGCAGAUCUGUUGCAGCUAAAGUCAUGUCCAGGCAAAACCUUAAAUUGGUUGGUACAGAGGCAGGACCACUGGAGGCUGCCGGGAAAGAUGCUGCUGCAGUUGUCAAGUCAAUAGAUGCCAAACUGGCAGCUGUUGGUAUUGUGGCUGAGAAGGUCAAAUCUGAGUGCAAAGGCUGCCCAUCGCUUUUUGAACAUUGGCAGGCUGAGAAGAAGCAGCUGGAGCCAGAGAGCCUGUCCAAAACCAGGGCUCCUCGGAGCUUCCUGGCCCUCAUCCAGACCAUUAGGAAGGCGUCCAAGGAAGAGAUCCUCAAAGUGCUGAGGAGUGCCAGCAAGACGUCUCUACCUCAGGUUGUUGAUGCUGUAACAUCCUCCCAGACCUCUGAAUCCCUGGAUGCCAUGCUUGAAUUCCUUAACUUCACUGAUGCCAAAGGUUUGGUUCUGCAGGAGAGGUUUCUCUAUGCAUGUGGCUUUGCUUCACAUCCCAAUGAGAGAAUGCUCCAGGCCCUGCUGGAUAUUUCUAAAGGGAAGAUCGGCAGUACUGACAUCAAAGAAUCUGUGGUGAUCAUUAUGGGAGCCCUGGUCAACAAAUUGUGUCAGAAAGGAGGCUGCAACUUACCUACCGUGGAGCAGGUCAAGAAGAUGAUAUUGAACGGUCCCGACAGCACAACGGUUGAGUCGGAGGUCCAGAUGUACCUUUUGGCCCUAAAAAACUCUCUCCUGCCCGAGGCCAUUCCUAUUUUCACCAAAUAUGCAGAAUCAGAAGUGGGAGCCUACAGCACCAUUGCCCUCACUGCCCUGCAGAGAUACGAUGUGAAUCUCAUGACCAGUGAGGUCAAGCAAACAGUGAACAGGGUUUACCACCAGAAUCGCCGCAUCUAUGAGAAAAAUGUGAGAGCCGCCGCUGCUGACGUCAUCCUCAGUAGCAACCCCACAUACAUGGAGGUGAAGAAUCUGCUUCUGUCCAUCGGAAACUUGCCACAUGAAAUGAACAAGUACAUGCUGUCAAAGAUCCAGGACAUCCUACGCUUCCAGAUGCCUGCCAGCAAAGUGCUAGGGCAAGCUAUGAAGGACAUGAUUUCUUGUAACUAUAACCGCUUUGCAAAGGUUGGAUCAUCAUCUGCAUUUUCAGGAUUCAUGGCUCAGUCCCCCGAUCUGACCUCCACAUACAGUUUGGACAUCUUGUAUUCAGGCUCUGGGAUCCUCAGAAGAAGCAACAUGAAUAUUUUUGGUGCUACUAACGAAGCAAUGCUACAUGGAUUACAGGUGGCGAUCGAGGCCCAGGGUCUGGAGACUCUGAUUGCUGCCACACCUGAUGAGGGGGAGGAAGACCUGGAGUCCUUUGCCGGGAUGUCGGCUCUGCUUUUCGACAUCCAGCUGCGUCCCGUCACCUUCUUCAAGGGUUACAGUGACCUCAUGUCUAAAAUGUUCUCCAUGACCGGAGACCCCAUGAAUGUCGUGAAGGGUCUCAUCCUGCUCUCGGAUCAUUCUGAGGUCAUCCAGCUCCAGUCUGGUCUGAAGGCAAGUGCGGAGUUUCAAGGAGGUCUCGCCAUUGACAUUUCUGGAGGCAUGGAGAUCAGUCUGUGGUACAGAGAGUCCAAGACCAGUGUCAACAACAGAGCAGCAUUAGUAGUCACUGGCAACGUUACUGUGGACAUGGACUUUUUAAGAGCGGGUGUGGAGGUCAGCUUUGAUACAGAAGCAUCACUGGACUUCAUCACCACUGUCCAGUUCUCAGAAUACCCCUUCCUGGUGUGCCUGCAGAUGGACAAAUCUACCUUCCCAGUCAGUGAAUACCUGACCAAGUAUGAGAGCCUGCCAUCAGGGAAGAGUGUUGUAUCUCGCAAAGGCAGAAAGACACUCGUUCCUGGUUCCGAAUUUCCUCUUCACCAGGAGAACUCGAACAUGUGCAAGAGGGUUUUCGACUCCAACUGGUAG